AUGAGUCAAUCGAACCAUUCUGGGCAACCACGAAAGAAACUGGCAAAGUGUUCUGCAAAUGUACCUGCGACCCAAACUAACAAACACAAGCUAAAACGAAUUUCCUCGACAUCAACGUAUAUAGUGGACGAUGAGGAUAGAUUGAAUCUUAUGAAAAUUCCAACAUCGGAAAAUUCAUCGAAUACUGAGUUACGGAAAAACGUCAAUCGUCCCGUUAAAAGAAUUGAUAAAACGACCUCAAGCACGUUUUACGGAGUCCGAAAAUCGUGGAAUCACUGCAACACGAAGCCAUCGAACACUUUCGUGCCGGACAAUUCUGUUAUCGAAGAAGAGAGCGAGCUGAUCUGUUCGUUGACGAAGCAGCUGUAUCUGGUAGAGUCUCAGAUGCAGAUGAUACAGAGCGAUUUGAGGAAAAAGGAUGAACAGCUGAAGUUGAAAGAUCAAGAAAUGAACCGGCUGAAACGGAAAAUCAAAGAUUGGGAAUCAAAGAGCAAGGAACAAGAGACGCUGCGUAAGAAGGAGCAACAGCAACGACGCAUCCAGAAGGACUAUUCGGAACAGCUUUACCGACAAUGCCUGAUGCUCGAACACAGAAUCCACGAGAUGGAGAAGUUCUUGGCCGAUUACGGUCUGAUCUGGGUCGGCGAUACGAACAGCCCGAGGAACCCUGAAACCGCCAUCAAUAAUUACAUCGAGACUUGUUACGAGCAAAUUAUCGCAAACAUCGAUCAGCUAAACUUAGCCGCAGGAAAGGGCGAAGUUCACGUGCAGCAUAACGAGAAAGGAACAGGCGCCACGUUCAAAACUGCUUCUUGCAUGUCCUUGAAAUUCUACAAGAAUGGAAUGACUGUACAAGAUGGAUUAUUACGCCUUUACGAUGAUCCUGCCACGAUAUCCUUCCUGCAAGACAUUUUGGAAGGAUAUUUCCCUUCGGAAUUGCAGCAGGAUUAUCCAAAUGGAGUACCUUUUAAGGUAGAAGAUCGGAGGAAACAGAUGUACGUGGACAACUCCGUCGAUUUUCCCGGUCAAGGUUAUCGGCUGGGAAAGCAGCCUCAGACUGAUAAUAUACCGGUAGUGUCGAACAGAACUCGUCGGCCAUGCACCACGUCCCUGAAAUCAGGUCGUCGUACUUCACUUUCAAAGGACACUCUAUCUGGUUCCGAUUAUUCUGUGGCACUUUCAACUGCCAGAUCAGGAAAAUCGAAAAGUCCGUCCGCCGAAACUCCAUCUCUCGAAAUGUAUGUUCUCCGUUCUCAAAUACUGGCAUCACAUAACAACAUAUGUUCCGAUACGCAUCUACAAUCGCACAUUAACGCCGAACUUGGUUUAAGUAGUCGAAAAGAGAAGCGAGAUCUGGCUACUAAAAACACAGAUUAUGAUUUUGUAACAAGCGAGAGGUCUCUAAGAUCAAGGCGUGUAUUAAGAUUUCCAAGUUCUGGUCAUUGUUAUCAUUCUUCCAGAGAGAGAUUAUCGUCUAAACCAUCCCCUAGUAGAUCGGAAAACAAAGACGAUCUUCCCAAACAAAGAACAAGAUCUUCCAGUUUGCCAAACUCCCGUAUAUCCAUGACUUCUAAACCGAUAACAAAGUCUGGACCAUUCAGUGGGUUCAGUAAUGUUGACAGUCUACAAUUAUCGAAUUCCCAAAGAGUACAGAACGUAGUCAAACAACAUCCUCGUACUGCAAAGUCUGCGGAACCGAUCAGAAAGAACGCACCACCGAUUUUGCACCAAGUAAACGAACCUUCGGGUAAAGAAGGUGAACUUCGGCUGAAAGUCAGAUCCCUAAACGGUGGCACCGUCUACCUGGCGCACGUCUCCACCGACGAACCGAUAGCUCGACUUUACCAAUUGCUAGACAGAGCAAUGGCGACGACAGUUCCUCGAGGGUACAAGAUUGUCCUCAGCGGUUAUUCGCCAAGAAGGCUAGAUCAAUUAGGCGCAACCUUAAGGGAAAUCGGCAUCACUAGAGACAGUGUCCUACAUUUAGUGAACAAUUGA